AUGUCACCAGGUGGCGCUCGGUUUUCAUCGUUCCAUGUCAAAGACUACGUCAAAACUGGGGGAAAACAAACUCAAUCCUCACUCAAUUCCCUUAGUGCCAUUAACUUGUGUACUGUGUACUGAUAAGAGUGAUAAUUUUAAAUUUCUUGACAUCAAUUGUCAACAUUCGGUCGAAAACGCUAAUAAUGCCUAUAUUUUGCUCUAUUCAGAUGGAAAAAGCCGACCAGUAGUGGAAGGAGAAGCAGUUCUCCGUGCUAAUCAUGUGAUUUCGGGUGAGGCAGAAGACUUCAACAAAAGGCACAUUUUUGCACUUUGCCAACAAACUCCGGCGAUGAAAUCUUCCACACAUGAAGUAAAAUUGAAGUUGGGGUCCAGAGGAACUCUUGUAGAAAAAUGGAUUUGUAUUUGUUCAUGCAAAGCAGGACAAUCUGGGUAUUGUAAACAUGUUGUAGCUGUUCUUUUAUAUGUCAAUUGA